AUGACAAGUGUAUAUGAUCAGUACUCUACGUCGACCUCUUCGCGAGCAAAUUCCGUUAAUCGACCUUCGGUUGUUCCUAUAUCGGCCUUGUUAAAUCCUGAACCUGAUGGUCAUGUGGUAUCUCCAGCAUCAACCACAUCAACUACUUCUGAGUCUUCUCUUUCUACCCCUACUUCUCCAAUGUCAAAACAUUCUUCUUAUUUGGGUGGUGGUCCAUCAAGAUCUACUUCUUCUUCUUUACCUUCUACUCGUAGAUCUUCAAUGAAUAGAUCAACUGAUCAAAAUUCCGUUAAUAAUAUUAUUACUCCACCUCAAACUCCUGGUGUAAAAUCUCCAACAAAACCAAAUUUUCAAUUUCCUCCAAAUACUUCGGAUCAAAAUUCUCAAUCAAUGCCUCCUAAAGUUAAACGUAAACGGAUAACUCAAGAACAAUUGGCUGAUUUGGUUGCUAUGUUUGAACAAACUGAUACUCCAAGUUAUGAUGUUCGUGAAAAAUUGGCUAAAAAAUUAAAUAUGACCAAUCGUGAAGUUCAGGUCUGGUUUCAAAAUCGUCGUGCAAAGGCUAAUCGUGCUAAAGCCAAUGAACAUAAUGCUUCUCAUCAACAUCAUCGUUUCUUACAUCAUCAUUCCGUUUCAACAGCUCAAGCUGCUAGUGGUCAUGCUUCUUCUAUUGGCAUGAUCAAUCCUGGAAAUUUCACUUUUGUUCCAAUGUUUACAAAUGGUGGUCCUUCAGCUGGUUGUCCGGCAAAGGGUCGUAACAAUCGAAGACACUCGUGUGUUACUUCUACCAUUAAUUCUCAGAAAAAGUCUUCUCAAAAUUCUCCUUUCACUAGGCAAAGAGCUGCCACUGUUACUGGUGCUCCUAUGACUUCUCAUAAUUCCUCUUCAUCUCAAAAAAUGGGUAUUCCUCCUUCGUUAAAAAUUAUGCCUUACGGUCAAGACCAUCAACUUCACCAUGUUUAUGGUGCUCAUAAUCAUACCGGUCAUACCGUUCCUCCUUCUCCUGUGUCUCCUACUACUCCAAUUUUACCUCCUCCUAUUCCUUCUUCACAUUAUAUGUUACCUGGUCUUAAUCCUUGUACCCUUCCACCUCCUAUCGUUCCUCCAAUUAAAGAUCUUCUUGCUCCUCCUUCUGAUCUAUAUCAAUCUGGUCAACAUUCUUUGACCUCGGUUCACCAUCAAUCUUAUACUCAACCUCACCAUUCAUAUCCUUCAACUGUUGAAUCUCAAUCAACUCUUUCUUCAGCUGUAUCAAAAACUUCUCCUAUUGAUAUUCUUGCCACAGCUGCUGAGUUUGUUCAAAGUGAGGAAAAAGAAAAGGAACGCCUUAGGGCCCUUGAAGCUAUGAAACAAGAUGAUGAGAAUAAUGAUGAUUCUCAGAAAUCAA